AUGAAAAGGGGUACUUCAGUCUUUUCUCGUCCAUCCGGGGGUAUAACUGUCGUUAACGUACAACUCGUAGUGUCCACAUGCGGUGCACGUGCCUUAGCCCGUGACGAGCUUUCCACCGUUACGAGUCACAUGGCUGUGACAGUGGGGAGAAUGACGGCCAAUGAGGUUGUUGGUUGUGGUAAAAGGUUUGUGAUGUUGUGGUGUGGUGAAAUACGUACGGUGUAUCACGUAAACGUCCUAAGCCAAAGGGUUGCUACGUCCUAUUAUGAGAAAAGUAUGUCCCCCGCGUACGAUGCAACCACUUCUUAG